AUAAAUAGUAAAUAUAUAUAUCCAGAAAAUAGCAUAGUACAAUGCAUCAAAACUACAAAGCUAGCUAUACUAACUAAAAUAGUAUCAAACCAUUCAAACCCCCCCCCCCACCCCCAGAGAGGGUAGGGGAGAGAAAUUUUUAUGGUACAAUCCAAAACGGCGCGGGACAAGCCCCAACUCGUAUCACAAAAAUCAAGUAACCAAAGUUGGACCGGCUCAAAAGAGCAUGUCCAGUAACGAGUCAAACCCUCUCGUAAGGGGCUGUGCAUGAACCAAAAGGCCCAAUCACAGCAAGUAGAGAACCCAGUAACCAAUUAAAGCGGCAUCUCCUAACAUCCCUAUCGUGGGCCGAAAAACCAGCAAGGUCCAACAGGAGAGCCCACCAGCGCUACAACCCACAACAGCAAUCCAGGCAACCUGUCAUUCCAUCUUCCAGUUUCACACGCUUGGGCCUCAAAACCAGCAAGCAAGUCCAACAGGAAAGCCCACCAGCAAUUUAGCCCACAACAGCUCAACAGCAAACCGGCGCACCAUCGAUUUAGCUUAACUCGCGUGGGCCAAGAAGCCAGCAAGUCCAAAGCCCACCAGCGUGACAGCCCAUCCGCGUAGCCCAGCAGUCUUGCCGAAAAUUAGGGCAACAACCCAGCACUCCCAGCAGUCCAUCGUUCGAUCUGCGCCGUAGCCAAAUUCAAAAUUCAAAAACAGUGGCUGGUCAAACGACAGCCUGGUCAACAGACAUACUGUCAGUCAAACCCACCCCACCCCACCCCCAGCCACCCCUUUCAGCGCCGGUACCACCAAUCGGUCAGGCGGCUGGAGAAGCGAGGGUCAAACCCAAACCGGAGAAGCACCCCUGCAGUCUGAGAAUCCACUUGCCACCACUCACCCCCGUCGAGCCCCGGCGACCCUCGGCGGCGUAGGUGAAAUGACAGAGCCAUGGCAGAACAACAGUAGCCGGACACCAGAAAACUCAGUAACUGAAGCAAUCCACAGUCCAAGCAGCAAGACGAACCAGACUUGAGGGAUAAACAGAACCAGAAUGCGGAAGAAGGAGACCAGCCCGAGCCUAAAAUCCUAUUCAGCAACUACCGGAGUAACCGCAGGUUAGGACACCAAAACUCCGGCCCCGGUGGCUACGACUCCAUCCCCUAAACCUUGGCCAAGCUUAGGAGUUGUACCGCGUAGUGAAAAGUGGAGGCAACGUGAAAGAACUACACCGGGACCCUUUACCCAGUGCUGCCACGAAAAGACGGCCACCACCCAGAAGAUGAAACCCGCCAGAGAACAAGGCAGCUACGAACUCCGGUAGGUCCCGAAUCACCCUCAGGACAAACCUGGUCAAUCACCGGCGUUACCCACCACCUAUGCAUCGCCCAAAGCUUAAAUCCCAACCCAAACCAACGUCCUGUCCAAAGACGAGAAGCUGCGACGCCCGAGGUUUUCACCCGGGUUGUAGAGCGAGCGACAAGGGAAAGAAAGCAACGUACCAUGGAACCAUCGUUUGGUUAGUGAACCGGCAAGCCAGACCUCAAGGCAGUCAUCUCCUCCGAUUUCAAGCUAUGUCACCCCCUAGAUCUGCUCUGCCCACCAGGAGGGCUCCGGUGCCGGCGCCGGCGGCCACUGCGAGUGGUGGUGCCGGAAGAGUAGAAGAGAAAGUAGAGAAUUCUAGUGAGAGAAGCUGCUCUCAACUCAUCUUACCGCUUAUCGGAUGUCAUUUAUAUCAUUUGUGUGUG